UUGUUAUGAACGCCGAUGCGCAUCGGUCUGCGCAUCUCUGAUCCUUCAGAACUACAACUGUGGACGCUCUUACUGACACCGAAAUACCUCUUCUCCGCAAUCCGAUGAAGGAGGCUGUUGGGCAUAUGGCUCUACUACUACAUCGGCAUCCCUGACUGAGCCACCGGCCUGUCCAGGAGAAUUUCCGCUACCUGCUAUCAUUCUUUUUCUGAGGACUUUAUCUUUAAAUAGCCGUCGUUUUUCAUUGCAAAUAACUCGUAAUGUACUUUGCUAUGCACCUUUAGACCAGAACCCCAAUAUCCGCUACCAGUAUCUCUCCUCCCACAUUCUCGCUGCCUAGUCCUUGCCUGGUCCUCUCAUCGAACCCCAAGAAUGCAGCCCAACGCAGUGUUGCCGGUGGUGGUGGUCCUCUUUGGAACAUUAAUGCUGCAUUACGUCUCGUCUCAGAGCGCUGGGUUUGUGAAGUCGCCAAUGUCUGAGACUAAGCUCACGGGGGACACCUUUGAGCUGUACUGCGAUGUGGUCGGUAACCCCACCCCAGAGAUCCAGUGGUGGUACGCGGAGAUCAACCGUGCUGACUCCUUCAAGCAGCUGUGGGAUGGCGCCCGCAAGCGCCGUGUGUCCAUCAACACAGCCUACGGCAACAAUGGGGUGAGCGUCCUGGGCAUCACUCGCCUCACACUGGAGGAUUCUGGGACCUACGAGUGCCGGGCCAGCAACGAUCCACGGCGCAACGACCUGCGCCAAAACCCCGCCAUCAGCUGGAUCCGCGCCCAGGCCACCAUUUCGGUGCUGCAGAAGCCCAAGAUCAACGCGUCAGAUCAGAUCAUUCUGCCCUCAGAAGCGAAAGGCCCCCCUAUCACCUUGCAGUGUAACCUCACCAACGCCCACGAUGGCCACAAAGACAGCUUCUGGAUGAAGAACGGAGUGGAAAUAACAGAUACAGACACACGGUCCAAGCAGAAGGUUACAGAGUACAUAAUCAAGAAACCUAGGGCAGAAGAUGCAGGGGAAUACAUGUGUGUUUACAAGUUUGACAUGGCUCCCAACGCCAAUGCCACUAUUGAAGUAAAAGCGGCACCUGAUAUCAUAGGCUAUAAGCGAAGUGACAAUAAGAACGAGGGACAGAGUGCUCUGUUGUACUGUAAGUCUGUGGGCUACCCCUUUCCCACAUGGACGUGGCGUAAACUGGACGGCUCAAAAUACAUGGAAAUCGACAACUCCUCUGGUCGCUUCUUCAUUACGACCAAAGACAACUACACAGAGUUAAACAUCAUGAACCUGAACAUCACCUCAGACCCUGGUGAAUACCAAUGCAAUGCUACCAAUCACAUUGGAACCAAGUCGAUGUCGUCCAUCCUACGGGUACGCAGUCACCUCGCACCCUUGUGGCCCUUCCUCGGGGUGUUAGCGGAGAUCCUCAUCCUGGUAGUCAUCAUCGUGGUGUACGAGAAACGCAAGAGGCCAGACGACGUGCUGGAUGUGAGAGAUAUUGCAUGUUUUCAGAUUAAAUCUGUUUCUACUACAGUCUAUCCAGACGAAGAUUUCACUUGUUUAUCAGAUGAUGAGCCAGCCGCACCAACGAAAACAAAUUCGACAAACAACCACAAAAACAAAAAUGUGCGCCAGAGGAAUACAAACUGAGAAGCUACUUAUUGAAAUGACUAACAGCAUAUCUUGACCAUAUGAAGGUAUCUGAAGAAGGAGCUCCAGGCAAUUUUUGAUGAAGCUCAUCUCGUCUUUUAUGAGAAAAACAAUAACAGCGUAACACUGGCAGAAAAGAACAAGAUGGCUGUCUUAAGCAUGCCUUAUUCAGUCUUACAUGAAGAGUCCUGGACAGAGAGACAUCUAUUUCCAUCAUUAAAGGUGUGCACAUUUUUUAUUGUGUGCGGUCUGAUGUCUCUUAAUUAUUUUAUCAUGUCCUCGAACCAGAGGUGAUCCUUUUUGUAUUACAUAUCAUGUAAAAUGCAUGCAAGAUUAUUACGCAAUAGGAUGCUCAGAAUAUCAUUUUUUGUUGUUUUCCCUCAUGUCUGUGUGGCUAUUUUCUGUUCAAAUGAAAUAUGUUUUUUAUGAAGUCAUCCUGAACUGAAAAAUACUGUUAUAUUCUUAAAUAACUUUGUACAGCUGAUUCAUUGUCAUUAAACUAUAUUUGAUUUAGUGAGAGGAAGGUCCACUCUUAACUGCCAUUAUAGUCAAAAUGUAAUGCAAUGUCAGUAUUUACUUGAGAAUGGUUACAGAAAAAUAUUAAUAUAUAUCUAUCAAGUUAUAAAUGAAGUUACAUUUAAGUGUAUUUAUUUACAAUUUUCAGAGUAACUUAGAUGUCUUGUACAUGUUGCGGUAUGAGUGUUCAAAUGAUAGCAAAUACUGUAUGUAAAGAAAAAAAACAGCAAUUUUAUAUUUCCCAACUUAAUUCAUUUUUAUUUUUCUGAAAUUGUACAGCAUGGCUAUUACCCUAUGCAAAAUGUAUUCAUAUAUAGAUAUAUUGGAGGCAGUUUGUUUUUCUCAGUGAAGCUUUAAUAUUGUGGGAUCACUUGGAAGCUGGUAUAGCAAAAUGCACUGCUGUAGCUGCAUGACUCCUCUCUAUAAAUACAGUGUAUCCAUGUGUGUUGCAGUGCAAAUGGACCUACAUUAGGGUGGGAAUGGAAGGAGCUACGGAAUCUCUUGCCACGAUAAACAUUUGAGACCAAUGACAUAUGAGACCAAUACUUUUUUUUUUGAAAAUAAAAGUCUCCGAAAUACA